CCGAAAUCGAGUAUAAAGCCGUCAUGCCUUCUCCAAUGGUUGGGGCUAACUAUGCUUGUCCUUCUCUCUUUUCAACACUCACACAUUCUUUCGUGUUGUGCUUGACUGGCCUACCCACUCUCUUUACUUCACCUGUCGUGAACUUCAUACCUGAGCUAGCCUCUUCCAUUCAUUCCAUUUCUCUUGUUGAUUCUAGGGGAUCUUUUUAUUUGACUGAAGACUCCACACACUCUCUCACCUUCCAAUUUUUCUCUCCCAAAAAACCAACACAAUGCUUUUCCAAGCCACCGUGCUAUUGUGCGCACUUGCGCAGCAGACCCAGGGCGCGACGUUCGCAGUCCCUUCAGCAGUAGGAACAGGCGGGCUACAAUACGCAACGUUGAACAGCGCGCCCAUAGGAUUUUCCUUCGAGUUCUUCGCAUUUCCCUCAUAUUUCACCAACGUGACAGCAACCAAACAGUGCCUCUCCAACUGGAAGGAUCUGACGGGCGUGUGGCCCCCGAUCCGCGUCGGCGGGACGACUCAGGACCGCGCCACCUUUGACUCGGCAUCGACCGCAUACGUCACCUACUCGGUCGACAAACCAGCCGACGCGCCCGCGAACCUGACCUUCGGGCCGACGUUCGUCGACCUUGCGGCCACGUACGAAGGCAGCGUGGUGAUCGGUCUGAACCGGGGGCACAACGACAUGGCAAACACCAUCGCGGCCGCCAAGAAGGUCGUGGAAAAGAUGGGCGGCGACGGCGGCAACCUGCAGGCCAUCGAGCUGGGCAACGAGCCCGAGUACUGGAGCGGGGCGAAGCAGCCGAUCGCGCAGUCCGGGUGGGACGAGAAGAUCGACGCCCAGAGCGAGGACGAGUGGGCCGGCGCGGUCGGCACCGCCAUCGGCAAGACGGACAUCAUCCAGGCCGGAAACUCCAACGCGUCGCCGCCGACGUGGGGCGCCGCCACGCUCUUCUCGACGGGGAACAAGACCGCCGAGAAGUUCAUGCAGCGCUACGCCCACCACAACUACCCCGGCGGCAAUGUGGCCGAACUCAUGAACCAUACCCGCACUUCAGGUAACAUCCGCAGCUUCGAGACCGAUGUUGCAGCGGCUCUUGCCAUCGGCAAGCCGUACGUGUUUGGGGAGACCAACUCUGUUUCCGGCGGUGGCGCAGCUGGUGUUUCGCCAACCUUUGGCGCCGCGUUGUGGACCAUGGACUACUCCCUGCGAGCGCUCGUUUCCAACAUCACCAACCUGUAUUUCCACCAGGGCACCGUUGGCAACUGCCAAUACUGCCAGUUUGGGAGAAACACCAUGGGUGCUCCUUAUUAUGGCGCAACCGCCGCCACUGCAUUUCUGAGCAAAGCCGCCAGCAUCGCCGCCCUCGACGAUGGCAGCUCAGCGUUCGCGGCUUACGCCAGCUUCGACAAGGCAGGCAAGCCGCUGCGCGUGCUGCUGUACAACUCCAACUACUACACCACCGGAGACCGACCGACCGAGGAGUUUACGCUCACGGGGCUGACGGACGGCACCAUCCGCGCCAAGAGGCUGACGGCGGCCAGCGCCACGACGAGGGCGGACUCGAGCUCCGAUCUUUCCUUUGGAGGUCAGACCUGGGCAAACGGGACCUGCGUCGCCCAGGGUGACGAGAAGUUUGAGUCGGCCACCGUCUCGGGUGGCCAGGUUAAGUUGACCGUGGGUGCCGCCGAGGCGCUGGUCGUGUACUUGAGCUGAAGAUAAAACGUCCCCCUGCCUGGUUAGCGUUGGCUCUGUGAGCGACGGAUCGAGUCGGGAUACGAUAGCCUACUCAUGAAUAUAUGCUGAAAAAAAAUUAAAAUCAAACUGCACCAAAAGUGAACCGGCCAGGAUGAAGUUUCGGCCUAUGCCUUGGCAUUAAAGUGCGAAUGUCAUUCCAUAUACCCCAACCCAAUCACAUAAGUCAAUAGGGACUUGAAGCGGUCCAGAGUGCGCUCAUGCCUCUUUCCAAGGCUCUCGGCCUGUCGCAACAAGACCGGCAACGACAGCAACGCCUCACGCGCAGCCGAAUUCCCAACAUCGACCUUGUCGAGAGCCGCAGGGAGCGCCCUCGAUACAAACAGGAGCUCGUCCAGCAGGUUCUUGAGCAAUACGAUCUGCAUCAACGCGGCCGAGUGGUCGGGCGGCUUGAAGCUCCCGACCGUGAGG